AUGGCCGAGCUCCCGUCAAAGGUGCACCUCAACUCGCACCCCAUCUGCCUGAUGAUCCAUGGGCCCUCGGUGUACGUGGAUGAUAAGCAGCGCACAUGGCUGCAUCUCGUCAUGGAGACAGGAGGUGUCCUGCAAGUACAGUUGCGCCAGGAAGACAUCCCCUGUGGGCAUAUCGCACUCACCACCAGCCCACAGACCUCGAGCACCAGGCCUUUUAUGUUGAUCCUCUACGCUGGCAGCCAGUACGUGGACUCCAUGUACCGGUUCUGGCGUAUCGUGAACCACAUCAAGGAGGAAGGAGUGGAGGAAAUGAUGCUUGAGCUGAUAGACAACUCGUAG